AUGCUGGGGUGGAAGACGAAGCAGAUUUUAAUUGCUUUGGCAGUGGUUAUGUUGGUGGCAAUGGCUGCUUAUGUCAAGCUUUGGACUAUUGCUUAUCAAAUAUCCGCCACCGAAGCCGCUGCGUUAAGGCAGCAGUUUGAUCUUGCCAGCAGAGAAGCCAUGGAUGAAUCCGCUGCGUGGAGGCAGAGAUUUGACACCGAGGCGGGGAAAAACCAAAGGUGCAUGAAGGAGCUAAAUCAGAUGAAGAAAUCUCGUAACUUCACAGAUGUGGUUGGUCUUAACAAGAAGUUGGUGAUGUUGGAAAAGAAUUUCCAGUUACCUUUGCUAAUUAUUUUCGUUUUGAAUUACAAGGAAAAUAUGGACCUGCUUGAACGGAUAGAGAUGUUGAAACAAGAACUUGAAGCAGAGAAGUUGAACUGCAAUGCGCGGCAAUAG